UAGUAAAGCAAAUAAAUUUUUAUGACAAUUAGAUAUAGAAAUUUAUGCUUCAAAACAAUUUAAAAAAAGAUCAGUUUAUUAUUUCAAAAGGAUUAGGAAUCAUAUUUACUUAAUACCAUCCCAGAUUUUAGCAAAAAAUUAGUUAAUUUAUAAAGCACAUCUUUAGUUUAUUUAAGAAUGCUUCCCAAUUUUAGAAAUUUUAAAUUCUUUCUUAUGAUUAUUGCCCUUAGUAGUUUAGUGUAAAAUGUAAGAUCUCAUUAAGUACGUUAGACUGCUACAAGAGUUUUUACAUUUCUUGAAAAAUACCAUUACCCAGUAGUCGAAGAUACUUGCAAUAGCUAUUCAGAAACUUAAAUGAUUUAGGAUUUUAAAAAUAAUAAUAAUACAAUAUUCUAUGAAAGAUAUAUAAUUUUCCAAGCUGUAAAAGAAGUAAUUGGUAAUGAUGCUCAAGUAAAUUUUAAGUGCGUUGAAAAUUAUGAAAGCGAUAACUCAGAUGACCCCUAAGAUUAGUAUGCGGGAAAGUUCGGGAGUGAAAAGAAGUUUUACCUUGAAACAUAAGAUCAUUAUUAAAGCAUUCCAAGCCUGUUUUAUGAAAAAUUAUACAUUUAAAAGUAGAAUAUCAUCGAUGUAGCAUCAUUUAGUGUCUUUAAAUACUUAAAUUAUUUAUUCUAUUUAGGAAUAUUUUUAAUACCUGCAGUAACUGGUGCUAGUUUACUUCUUUUUAAGGACCUAAAUACCUUUUAUGAUUAUCAAAGAGUAGUUUACUCCGUAUUUAGGUAUAUGAAUAGAUAAGGAGAUUAGUAAAUGAGCUUAUGGCUUCAUAAAAUUUUAUCACUUUUUGUAGCUUUAUUUUUUUUCUUUUACUACUCAAUUCUCCUUAGCGAAAUGACAGCGAAGAGAAGGCAGAGCAUAUCUUUAUCACAAAUAAAUAUCGAUAUCUUUAGAGAUAUAUAAAAUUAUCCCUUUAAUUUUAGUAUAGAUGAACCUUCUUAUUCUUUAUUAUAUGUAGAUUUGUUCUAGUACCUCUACCUAUUAAAUGAUUAUGAAAUUAAUAACAGUUUCUAAGACUAGUCUACCUAUCACUACAAUGUUCAGUUUAGCAAAAACUACUUCACUUAAGAUGAAAUCUCUCAACUGAAUUUAAAAAUUCUAAGCUUUUCUGCCAGAGGUGGAGUUUAAAGCAACGUAUUUGCAAUAAAAAACUAAUUCACUUAUAAAAGUGAUGAUAUUUAUUUAAAUUGGCUGAUUCUGGCUGGUGGAGUUCUUGCAGGGUUGAUUUUUAAAUGCUUACAGCUUAAAUUUUCUUUCUUAAAUUAAUACACUGAAAUAUAAGGCUAUAGAGAAUAAGUAAAUCAAAAUAUAGCUUAGGAUUUUGGUGAAUUAUUUAGAUUUAGAGUUUCAUAGCUUUUAAGUAGGGUUUAGGCUAAAGAUCAUUACUAAAAUUUCAAGUAAAUUCCUAUCACUUAGAAAUGCUAUAGCUUGGGAAAAUAAGUAUUUAAAGUGAUUGUCAAAAGAAGGAAGAAAAAAGUUUUGCACAAAACAAGAAAACAGAUUAAAAAUCUUGUUAGUACAGGAAAUGAAAAGAAGCAAAAGCCAAAUUUAUAUUAAGUAAUAAAAGAAUUCUUAGCAGCAGAGAAAAAAAUGGUUUAAAACAAUUCCUAACUGAGCUCUACUAGCUAGAGGAGAUAUGCUAUGCAAGCUGCAUUGUUCACUCAAAAUGAGGAAUAAAGAGAAUCUUAAAAACUAAUUUAAAGCAAAGAGGAAUUGUAUCAAAGUUAGUUCUAAAUACGUAAUAAAAAAAUAUCAAACAGUAAAAAUACUUAAAAAGACAAGCUAACAGGGAGCUUUAAUGCUGUUUUUAAUAAGAAUUAAAAUUAGGAUAUAAAUACUAAUAAAACUGAAAAGAAAUCUGCUAAAAGUAAACCAAAUGAUGGUAGAAAAGAUCUUAAUAGAAGACUUACAAAUCUAGCAUUUUCUCAAAUCCAUGUAGACUCUCCUAAAGUAGAUAUGAAAAGUAUUAAUAGCAAUCUCUAAGUCAUAAAAAUUGCAAACAGUAAAAGCUCAAGUCCAAAGAGUGAUGAUAAUAAUAAGAUGAAAAUGAUGUAAAAGUAAUUCAUAUAAUAGUUUGACAUUACAUAGUAAGAUGGAUCGAACAGAAAUAGAAGAAGAGGAACAAAUCAUGUUUUAAGUAACUAACAGCUUUAAUCUAUAAAAGUUUAUGAUGAUUAGCUUCAUAAAAAAUUUCAUAGACGUCAUUCUUCUUAUAUUAAAAUUCCACCACCUGAACAAAAGAAUUAUGAAGAAUAAAACUAAAAUGAGUAGCAAGAAUAUGAAGAUAAUAACAGUAAUGAAGAACAUGAAAAUUAUGAUAAUGAGCCUAUUCAUCUUCAUUUCAAUUUGGAGGUCAACUAACCAUAAAAAAGUUUGUAAAUAAUAAGAAGCUCUGACACAAUUUAAGAAACGAAUUAAAAUUAAAAUAAAAUAAAAACAGAUCAUACUCUAAAUAGCUAAUUGUACAUAAAUGGUGGUAAUAAUGCAGAAAAUAAUGUCACUAACGACAAUAAAUUUAAUAUGAUAUCUCCACAAUCAAAAGAAACUGAGAGAAUAGGAAUAAAUUAGUAAUUAAGUUCUGCAAAUGAUUAAUAUUAUUCUAAUGGAAUGUAUCAUUCCAAUAGAUCAAAUCAAACUGAACUUGAAGCCCUUUAUCCUAAAAGAAUUAAUCUAUUUGAUGGUAUGAAUAAUUACAUGCAAGAGUAUUAGCAUACACCUUAAAAUGGAGAAAAUAGCAAUUUCAACAAAGAAUAUCUUUUUACAGAAGAUGAGCUCAUUGCAGAAAAUAGCUAACACUUUCAAGAAAAUUCAUAAUAAAAAUUUGAUAAAGAAGUAGAUCGAAUAAAUUAAAACUUUAAAAAAUCAAAAUUAAAGAACUAGAUAUAGUGA